AUGCCAUCAAAUGAAGAUCUACUAAAUGACUUUGCCGAAAUUGAUGCUACAACUGCUGCAACAGGAACAAGUACAAGCUCUAGCCGAUUACGUCGAUUAGACAAGCUCGUCAUUGAUCAAUCAUCAUUGCUUGACAAAGACGAUCAAAUCGAAUACAUCAACCAACUAAAUACCUACAACAUUAAGCAAUAUUACAAAUAUCGCAAAUACAUCACCUGUUUUUACAUUGCACAAGUUGUAAUCAUUGUAUCGUUUAAUUUCACCAACACCAACGUUCACGACAAAUCAUUGUUAUUGCUUACAUUAAUUUCAGUCUUGCUUAAUAUCAUUUCGAUUCAAGAAUUGCAACAAAAGUAUCAAUAUAAUGUGACAAUUUUUGACAAAAGAUUCAAUUUUAUGCAAUUGACUAGUCUAUUUAACAUACUUGUUUCUUUUGAGGUUAUGUAUAUUGACAUAUUCAAGAUAAAAAUAUAUUACUUUGCUGCUUUGAUUGUUUGCAAUUAUUCAUUACCAAAAAUGCAUCGUUCAAUGUUUAAUCAAAUUGAUGAGUCGGUGAAAGAAUUGGAUAAAUUGAAAUACAAGUAUAAAAACGUGUAG